AGAAGUUGAGGAAGUUUGUAGAACGUCAGUCGUUCCUACAGCCCCACCACCACCUGUAGUGAGAAAUGAAAUGCCCUACGCACAAGGAAAAAAUCUUAUGAAAUCUGCAGCUACUUUAAUAGGCCAAGACGACUGUAAAAGUGUGAAGGAAUCCGCCUUGAAUGCAUGUCAACGAUUUUUAGGUCGUUACAAGACAGAGGAGUGUGGUUUAGCUUGGUUCUAUCAUAACAACGAUGUUGACGCAUUUCUUCAAGACGGACCAACGUGUGGCUUGGUAGCUCUCAAGCUUGCUGCUAAUAUUCUAAGAAUCUCACAGCAUGAAUCUACUAAUGAAAUUGAGGACCUUCUUAAGGUGGCCCAAGUACUCGGCUUCACCAAUCACGGCGAGAUGUUCUCAGCGCAGGAUAUGGGUUUACUGGCAAAGAAAUAUUAUAAGCUUAACUUUGAAGUUGAUAAUAAUGGCCUUGAUGAUUAUGGCAAAUUGAUAGAACAUUUAUGCAAAGGCUAUUCAGUGGUGUUUCCCUAUGAUGAGGACAGAAAUCAUGAACCAUGUCUAAAGAGAGGUCACAAAGCACACUGGGCAGUAUUAACAGGGUUCCUUGUUGGUUUAAAAGAUAGAAAUCCCAUCUUAACAGAUAUAUGCAUGGAUCCUAUGGAUGAAAACAAGACAGCAAUUUAUCAGUUUCAUGCUCAAGAAGGACAAUCUCCUCAGGAAUUUAGGACAAAGCAUUUGUUCCUGAUUGCUAGACAAGGGAAAUCUAGACAUUAUGCUUUGUGGCAUUGGACUGACUUAAAUAACAGCAAUAAGAAUUUAUUUGAAUUUGUUGAUGCGGAUGGUGAUUUGGAAGAAUCAGAAAGGACUAAUUGUGUGUUUACUGAAGGAGUACAAGCUGGACUUUGCUCAAAGGUUGUUUUUCUUUUCCCAAACAGUGAAAGCAGCAACAGUUAAACACCAUUAAAUACAUUAUGGAAGUAUAAUUAUGAAGCUAGGUAACUUUUAGCAAACUUUAAUUUCAUAGAAUCUUUAAACUGAUUCAUAGUUUGAACAAAAAAA